AUGAGCAGAAGAAGCAGUGGAAGUGUUCUAAAGCUUGAGUUGAAGUUGAACCUGUCGCCGCCACGACCACAUCCAUUGGUGUCAUCGCCGAGCCGAUCAGCGACGGUGUCGCCCACAUCGCCUCCGAGUUCUUGCGUGUCGUCGGAGCUAAAUCAGGACGACGGUGGGGCGGCUUUACGAUAUUCAAGCAGCCCAGAAGCAACAUCAAUGGUGCUGGUGGGGUGCCCUCGUUGCCUAAUGUACGUGAUGCUGUCGGAGAAUGAACCCAAAUGCCCAAAAUGCAAGAGCUCUGUUUUGCUUGAUUUUCUUCAUGACGGCGCCGCCUCGGCUCCGCCGUCCACGACAGCCGCCAGGAAGAUCUAA